CUAGACACAAAGACGCAACCAAGCAGACCUCUCUCUCGGUCCCCUUCCGAUGGAGAAUUUUCCCGACCUGCCGAACCUCCCGUUCGAAAUCAUCAUUGAAAUACUUUUGAGGCUUCCGGUCAAGUCUCUGUUGCGAUUCAGGUGCGUUUCCAAAUCAUGGUGUUCGUUGAUUUCUCAACCCAGAUUCGCAGAGACCCAUCUCGGUUUGGCAUCUAAGGACACUAGUUAUGCCCACCAUAGACUAAUUAUACCCGAUGGGUAUCCCUAUACCGAUGUCAAGUCAUGCUCUCUUUACUCCAUUUUGAAUGAGCAUUCCGAUACCGCUGUGGAGCUGGAUUGCCCUUCGACUUUACCGGAUUAUAGGCUGAGGUUUUGGGGUGGCCGUGAUGGUUUAGUGUGCAUCUCAACUGAAAGCGGAGUACUUAUAUGGAACCCGUCUACUAGGAAAUCCAAGAGAUUGCCGGAUGUUGUAACGCGGGACCCUGAUAAGGGGAGUUAUGGUUUUGGUUAUGACGAGUCUGCUGAUGAUUACAAGGUGGUGGGAUUCUUUGGUGAUAACGAAGUGAAUGUGUAUUCAUCGAGGACUGAUUCGUGGAGAAGGAUUGGAGACUUUCCUCAUUCUCUUCCUGCAUAUAAUUCAGGGACAUUUGUGAACGGGGCCCUCCAUUGGCUUUCGUGGACCUUCCCGACCUUGCCUACGGAUAUCAUUCCUUCUCUUGAUUUGGUGAAGGAGACGUAUGAAGAAGUUUUGCAACCUCUUUUUUUUGAACAGGAAGUUUUGCCAUCUGUGUUUCAAGGUGAUUAUACGCAUCAGAUUUUGUUGGCUGUUUUGGACGGGUGCCUUUGUAUUGUCCGUAACCGUGGUCGUGCUAUUGAUGUAUGGGCAAUGAAAGAAUGCGGUGUCAGAGAGUCUUGGACCAAGUUGUUUUCUAUACCGACGUCCAUGCGUCACAAUUGGGUUGUUCCCUUCUCCACAGUAUUGUGCAUUUUGAAGAAUGGUGAAGUUCUACUGUAUACUGGUAACUACAAUUUAGAUCGGUACAAUCCUAAUGGCACAAUUAGUAGUCCCACGAUUCAUAAUUCUCCAAACUGUUUUGAUGCAUCAAACUGUUUUGAUGCAUAUCCCUACAUUGAUGCAUAUCCCUACAUUGAGAGCCUAGUCUCGCCUGACUUUGAUGCUGACAGAAGUGAACGAGGAGGUGCGAUUCCCGUAAUCGAAAUCGCUUAUGUUGGCAGUCUUUGUGGAGCGGAAGACUCGCUUUAUGUUACUAAUUUGGAAUGCAUCGACUGCUAA